AUGGAUGCUGAUGCACAAUUUUUAAACGAUUUUCAAACAGCAGUUUUACCAUUUGAACAAUGGACACAUGCAGCUCAUAUUCGUAUGGCUUACUUAGUUUGUAAAUCAUCGAAUAAUUUCGAAGAAGCUUUAUUGAAAAUUCGACAAGGUAUACAAAAAUUUAAUGGACUUCAUGCAUCGAAACUUACUGUUGGUUUUCACGAAACAAUGACACAAUUUUGGGCGACAGUUAUUUGGAAUGCAACACAAAAAUGUGAUUCAUCUGUAUCGAAUUUUAAUGAUUUCAUUGAUCGAAACGGUUAUUUAUUAGAUUCUUCAUUAUGGAAACAAUAUUAUUCACCGACGCUUAUGUUUUCACCAGAUGCGAAACGUGAUUUUGUAUCUCCUGAUUUGAAACCAAUUUCAGUUGAUAUUUCACAAAAUACAAGUUAA